AUGGGAGACUCAGAAACCGAAUACGCUGCGCAUGGCGAGAGGCUCGGAGAAGUUCGAGCUGAAGCGGUGACGCAGAAUCGAAGGCGGUUUGUAGUUGCGCACUUCAUGGUCGGGAAUACCUACCCAUAUACCGUCGACGACUGGCUUUCAGACAUCAAGCUUGCUGCUUCGUACCUGAUUGACGGCUUCGUCCUUAACGUCGGACGGGAAGAAUGGCAACGCGACCGCGUGGCGGAUUGCUUCAAGGCCGCUGCCCGUCUUCCUGAAGCUAUCAAUUUCCAAUUCUUCUUCAGCUUCGACAUGAGUUCGAUCCCAGGGAACUCGGCUCACGACAUCAACCUAGUUAAAUCCUACUACUACGCACCGCAUGCGAGAUCCCGGCAUAUGAUGAAGCAUCCGCGUACGGGAGGGGUGAUCGUCUCUACUUUUGCGGGCGAGAAUUGUACAUGGGGGCAAGGUAGUAUGGAAGCCGGAUGGGACUUCUUCAAGAGGGAGUUGAGCAGUAUCGCUCCUGUCUAUUUCAUCCCCUCUUUCUUUGUGAAUCCGGCGAGGUACCAUGGGAUUAAGGCUAUGGACGGCGCGUUUAACUGGAAUGGUGGUUGGCCCCUUCAACUCACACCCUCGACCGCCCGACAGGAAAUUGUGAACCCGAAACUUGAUUCGGAUCUGAUCCAUUUGCAGAACUUGACUGGGGGGAGGACAUUCAUGGCUGCUGUUUCGCCGUGGUUCUUUACGCAUUAUGGACCUGACACUUGGAAUAAGAACUGGAUCUACAGAGGCGAUGACCACCUGUUCGUCAGGCGGUGGGAGCAACUCAUCUCGAUGCGGGAUAAAGUCGACAUCGUGCAGGUUAUCUCCUGGAACGACUAUGGCGAAUCGCACUACAUCGGACCAAUCAAAGGGGCCCAACCCAAUUCUCAAGCUUGGGUUGACGGCUACCCACACGAAGCCUGGUUGGUCCUCAACUCGUACUUUAGCGCUGCGUUCAAGAAGGGGAUGUACCCCCCUAUCAAGAAGGAUCAGAUCUUCAUGUGGGCGAGGCCGCAUCCCCGGACGGCACAUGCCAGCGAUAGAGUUCCGAGGCCUAAUAACUGGGAGUUGACCGACGACAAGAUCUGGGCCGUCGUCUUCACCACUGCGCCUGCCAAAGUGGAGCUGUACACCACCGAGAAUAAUAAGGAGACGUUUGAGGUUGGGGCGGGGAUGACCAAGCUUUCGAGGGGGCAGACCCCUGAUGGGGGGAUGAAGGGUGUGAUUGUGAGGGGUGGGAGGGUUGUGGCCGAGUGUAGUCCGAUUGGGUUUAGGUAUGAGAGUAGGCCGGGGGUGUAUAAUUUUAAUGCGGCCGUUUGUAUGAGUUAUUAG